AUGGGGAAAGCGGCCGCUCCGAGCCGAAGCGGGGGCUGCGGCGGCCGCUCCCGCGGGCUCUCGUCACUCCUCACCGUUGUCCCCUGCCUGUCCUGCCACACGGCGGCGCCGGGCAUGAGCGCGCCCACCCCCGGCUCCCAGCCGGAGCCCCAGCCCCAGCCGGUGCCGGCACCGGAGCCGGCGUCGCUGGCGGAGCAGGCGUGGGAGCCGGUUUCUGAGCGCGCUCUCAAGAUGUCUGAGCGAUUCGAGAGGACGUCGGAGCCAGGGCCGGCGACCGGGCAGGGACUGGAGCUGUCGCUGAAGGUGCGGCCGAGGUCGGAGUCGAGCCCGUGCGGGGCGGCGCCUGCGACCCCCUCCAGGGCUUCCUCGGAGCAGCUGGCCCCGGCCGUGGGGAGCGCCCCGGGGCCCAAGACCGAGUCGGGGCUGGUGCCGGCCAUAAAGCCGCUGCCGCUCCUGCGACCCGGACAGGCCAAGGCACCGCUCGGGGUUCCGGCGACAGGGACUGGCCCGAGCGCCAGCAUCCCCAUGGGCUCCCUGACUCUGGACAGCUUCAAGGGCUGGCUUCUCAAGUGGACCAACUACCUGAAGGGCUACCAGCGCCGCUGGUUCGUGCUGGGCAAUGGCUUGCUGUCUUACUACAGGAACCAGGGGGAGAUGGCGCACACCUGCCGUGGAACCAUCAACCUGGCCACCGCCCACGUCGACACGGAGAACUCUUGUGGGAUCUUGCUGAUCAGCGGGGCGAGGAGCUACCACCUCAAGGCCAGCUCAGAGGUGGACCGGCAGCAGUGGAUCACCGCCCUGGAGCUGGCCAAGGCCAAGGCGAUCCGGGUGAUGAAAAUGCAUUCAGAUGACUCCGGGGACGACGACGACGAGAGCGUGGCCCCGACCGACAAGAGCGAGCUCCACCACACCCUGAAGACCCUCUCCCUGAAGCUGGACGACCUCAGCACGUGCAACGACCUCAUCGCCAAGCACGGCGCCGCGCUGCAGCGCUCCCUCACCGAGCUGGACGGCCUCAAGAUCCCGUCCGAGAGCGGCGAGAAGCUGAAGGCGGUGAACGAGCGGGCCACCCUCUUCCGCAUCACGUCCAAUGCUAUGAUCAACGCCUGCAGGGACUUCCUGGAACUAGCAGAGAUACACAGCCGGAAAUGGCAGCGGGCGCUGCAGUAUGAGCAGGAGCAGCGCGUCCACUUGGAGGAGACCAUUGAGCAAUUAGCCAAGCAGCACAACAGCCUGGAGCGGGCCUUCCGCAGCGCCCCGGGCCGCACCAACAACCCCACCAAAAGCUUCAGCGAGGGAAGCCUCUUGACUCCCAAAGGAGAGGACAGUGAGGAAGAUGAGGAUACUGAGUACUUCGACGCCAUGGAAGACUCCACGUCCUUCAUCACCGUGAUCGCCAGGGCCAAGGACGACAGAAAAGCGGAAGGUGGAACCGGUACGGGCUCUGUGGACUGGUCAUCGACAGACAAUGGCAGUGAGGUACUGGACAGUGCCGCGCUUGUGCCCAAGGCUUCAUCCAAAGUCAAGAGGCGGUCCCGCAUCCCCGACAAGCCCAACUACAGCCUUAACCUCUGGAGCAUCAUGAAGAACUGCAUCGGCCGGGAGCUCUCCAAGAUACCCAUGCCGGUGAACUUCAAUGAGCCCCUGUCCAUGCUCCAGCGGCUGACGGAGGACCUGGAGUACCACCACCUGCUGGACAAGGCGGUGCACUGCGCCAGCUCGGUGGAGCAGAUGUGCCUGGUGGCCGCCUUCUCCGUGUCCUCCUACUCCACCACCGUGCACCGCAUUGCCAAGCCCUUCAACCCCAUGCUGGGGGAGACCUUCGAGCUGGACCGCCUCGAGGACAUGGGCCUGCGCUCCCUCUGCGAGCAGGUGAGCCACCACCCGCCGUCGGCUGCACACUACGUGUUCUCCAAGCACGGCUGGAGCCUCUGGCAGGAGAUCACCAUCGCCAGCAAGUUCCGGGGGAAAUACCUCUCCAUCAUGCCGCUAGGUGCCAUCCAUUUGGAGUUCCAGGCCAGCGGGAACCACUAUGUGUGGAGGAAGAGCACCUCAACCGUGCACAACAUCAUCGUGGGCAAGCUCUGGAUCGACCAGUCAGGGGACAUCGAGAUUGUGAAUCACAAGACCCACGACCGGUGCCAGCUGAAAUUCAUGCCCUACAGCUACUUCUCCAAAGACGCAGCCCGAAAGGUGACGGGGGUGGUGAGCGACAGCCAGGGCAAGGCCCACUACGUGCUGUCGGGCUCGUGGGACGAGCAGAUGGAGUGCUCCAAGAUCGUGCAGAGCAGCCCCAGCAGCCCCAGCUCCGACGGCAAGCAGAAGACGGUCUACCAGACCCUGCCGGCCAAGCUGCUGUGGAAGAAGUACCCGCUGCCGGAGAACGCAGAGAACAUGUACUACUUCUCUGAGCUGGCCCUGACCCUCAACGAGCAAGAGGAAGGCGUGGCACCCACCGACAGCCGCCUGCGGCCCGACCAGCGACUGAUGGAGAAGGGACGCUGGGAUGAGGCCAACACCGAGAAGCAGCGUCUGGAGGAGAAGCAGCGGUCAUCCAGGCGCCGGCGGUUGGAGGCCUGUGCGCCCGGGCACAGCUGCGGCUCAGAGGAAGAGAAGGAGGCGGACACAUACGUGCCGCUGUGGUUCGAGAAGAGGCUGGACCCGCUGACCGGGGAGACGGCCUGCAUAUACAAGGGCGGCUACUGGGAGGCCAAGGAGAGGCAAGACUGGCACAUGUGCCCCAACAUCUUCUGA